UAAGGUAUUUAAACUUGAAAGAAUUAUUUAACUUUCGAGCUACUUAUUUAUUCGUAGCACGGAGUAUCAUUUAAUAAACGAACAACUACAUGAAAUAAUGACUCUUCCAAUGUUCUUGAUUCUCUUUAUUCGUAACGUGUAUUUCUUUCGUCAUCGGUAGUCUCUUCGAAAGCCUACGAUGGCAUAGCUCGUUCGUUAGAUAGUAGGUCGACAAACCGGUACGAUUCUAUGCUGACGUAGUUUCUUAUAUAGUUCUUACUUGCUACCGCGAAUUAUGUACUUUCAGCAUUAUUGCUCUCUCUCUCUCUCUUUCUCUCUUUCUCUUAUUUUUUUUCUUGAUUGUCCAUGAGAAAUAAGAAAAACAAGAAUAAAAAAUAAAUCACGGUAAAAUCGUGGCAUUUUAAUUUACUUUUUAUUUUCUUUUGAUUAUUUUUUGUUUUAUCGAAAAUAUUGCCAGAUCCAGGAACGAUGGAAUUUUUUAUCAUUUUGUUUAACGAUCGUAAAUGUAAUUUAAUCCUUGUAUCAGCAUCUAUCUACAAUGGAAAUUUUUCUUUUUUCUUUUUUUUCCUCUUUUUUUUUUUAUAUAUAUAUGAGGAAUGCACAAACUGGAUAUUAUGAUUGUUAUAUUUAAUACGGAACUUCCAUUAGAUUUUAAUAUUAUUGCGCUUUCUCUUUCUUUCGUGUUUGGAUAUCUUCUUUAUUCUUGCAUGUUCAAAAAAAAAAUAUAUAUAUAUAUAUAUAGACACGCACACACACACACACACACAAAUAUAUAUUUGUAUACGAGCAGGAAAGUGUGAAAUUAUUAGCCAAUCAUUAACCCUGUUAACCCAAGUGUGUGAUCUUUAUGUAAAUUUAAUUAUUGCAACAAAAACAGAUCAUUAUCUUUUUAUAUCAAAUUAUGUCAGAUAUAACUAUACUGGAAAAUGCAAAGAGACAAAUUUGAGGUAAUAAUUUGUUAUUUAAUAACAUGUAUCAAAGAUUAAUUUGUUUCAUUCAGAGUUACCCAAACAGGGUUUUAUGAACCGAGACUCACUUUCGAAAACGAUCAUUUUUCGCAACCAACUCGGUUGCAAUAUAUACAUACAUAUUCUUAUUUUAUGCAGGCUGAGAUAAACUAGACAGAUAUAGCAUAUAAUUUCUGGAGUUAUUUUUUAAUUUAAAUAAUUUGAAAUUGUUUAUUCGAUAAUUCCUUCAAUAAGGAAAACUCAAAUCCUUCCUGUUAUCUGUCCUCCAUUAUUUGUAUUACGUAAUAUUGAAAAAUUUAAUAUGUUUGAAAACUUAGAAUGGAAGAUUUAAAAUCUUAAUAUUUGUGUAUGCUUAUUUAUACGUAUUUACAAUUUAUUUAUACCAAUGACUCUAAUUGUAAAAAGAAAUACUGAAAAUUCUUGAGGAGGAAUUAAUAGGAAAUAUUUUGAAAUUCGUUUCAACGAGAAAACAUAUAAAAGCUCUUUCAACGAAAAGAAUCUUUUUCGCACUUCAAUAAUUAAGUAUACAAAUCUUUCGAUUUAUAUAUAUUACGAAUUAAAUAUACGAAUCAGAUAUCAAUCUCGUUUGAUUUUAAUCGAACGAAGAAAGAAAAAAAAAGAGAAGAACAAAAAAAGAGAAGAAGAAAAAAAAAAGAGAGAGAUUAAUGCAAAAGUGUUGAGAACAAUAGAGUGUAAUACGUUUCUUUGUGAGAUAUUCAUUAGCCCUCUUCUUCCUUCGAAAGUAGAAAAUCCUGCUUACGUGAUAUCAACGUGUCGAAAACUCGGAAUAAUAAUCGUUUUACGAGCUGCAAUAAUUGUUAAUUCGAUGAAUAAUAUAAAUGAUAAAGUUUACGUAUUCGAAGGGCAAGACACUAUGCUAUUGUUACUCCUUCUCAUGAUUCUUCUAUUUAAUUCUUAUGCGAUUGAGGAAUCUUCCGAAUUUUCAUGGAAAACGAAUGAUAUUCUUUUGAAAUUCAUCGAAGAUGCCACUUUCCAUCUUUUUCCACCAUCAAGAAUAUCUGCACGUUUGUGUCUUUCUAAAGACGAUAUAAUCGGCUUAUCGAAAGAGAUGUCGAAAAGACAUUUGUCCCAUGAUAUCCGGAAUGAGUUCGAUCGGCUCGAUUCUAAAAUUUAUGAUAAUUUAGAACACAGAAAUUUGUAUAUUAUCGAUUUUGAUUGCGAUCGUGCGAUUGACAUCUUAAACGAGGCAAAUUCUAAUAGAAUGUUCGUUGCUCCGACAAAAUGGUUGCUUUUGAAAGAUGCAAGGACAAUUUCAGAUACGAAGGAUCUACAAUUUAUAAUGAAAACUUUUCGAAAUCUUACUGUUUAUCCGGACAGCGACGUUGUUAUAGCACGAAGGAUUAAAAAGAAUUUUUUACAACUACUAUCGAUAUAUCGUCCCAGUCCAUAUCGAGAUGUCAUUUUAGAGGAUCGUGGAAAUUGGUCGUUUACAAGUGGUAUCGUUAUGAAAAAUUAUGAUCCAGCAUCCCGCAGACGAAGAAAUCUUCAACUUACGCCGCUUAAAUCCUGUCUCGUGAUGACAGAUCCAGACACGAUCAAUCAUUUAACCGAUUAUCAUAAUAAACAUAUAGAUCCAGUUACGAAGGCUGGUUACUCAUCUGUACUUCACUUGGUGAAUCGAAUGAAUGCAACUGUAACUUUCAAUAUAGUAAAUACAUGGGGUUAUCGUGAUGAAAAUGGAUCGUGGAAUGGUAUGACCGGCAUGUUGCAACGUCGUGAAAUUGAUUUCGGAGGAACUGGAACUUUUUUUAUGAAAGAACGAAUAGGAAUAGUUAAAUAUAUACAACUUUACACGCAUACUGGAUCACGUUUCAUAUUUCGACAACCAUUGCUUUCGACAGUAAGCAACAUAUUUGUCUUGCCUUUUCAUCGUUCAGUUUGGAUAGCUAUUGGUAUCCUCAUUCUUCUCAUUAUUACUUUGCUCUUUAUAUCUAUGAAAUGGGAGUACCAUUGCGGAGCUUCAGCUAAAUCUGCGAUGUAUUGGAGACAGAUGAAUCCUGGCAAGCCAACUCUUGGCGAUGAUAUAUUGGUUAUUCUUGGAGCAUUUUUCCAACAAGGAUAUUCUUAUGAACCGUACCAAAUUCCUUCACGUAUAGUCACCCUAAUGUUAUUGAUAGCUGCAUUGAGUCUGUACACUUCCUACACAGCAAAUAUAGUUGCUUUGCUUCAAUCAACGACAAAUUCUAUUCAAACGGUUGCUGAUCUUUAUAAUAGUCCAUUGAAAUUAGGCGUACAAGAUGCUAUAUAUAAUCGAUACUAUUUUAAAUCUUUUAAGGAUCCGAUAAGAAGGAGACUCAUAGAUGAAAAAAUUGAACCAAAGGGUAAAAAAUCUUCUUGGAUGCCUAUUGAAGAAGGUGUUCAAAAAAUAAGAGACGAGCUCUUUGCUUUUCAUGGUGAAGUUGGUACCGUUUACAAAAUAAUACAAGAGACUUUUCAGGAGGAGGAAAAGUGCGGUUUAACUGCUAUCAAUUUUUUAAACGUACUUUAUCCACUUUUUAUCAUUCAAACACAAUCUCCGUAUUUGGAGAUUUUUAAAAAUAGUGCUUUAAUAAUACAAGAAAGUGGUUUAAAAUUUCGAGAAGAAAGACGUUUAUACACAAGAAAACCCAAAUGCGAUGGUCACAUGAGUUUCAUUAGCAUAGGAUUUACUGAAAGCCACUUUGCAUUGGUGACAAUGGGAUAUGGCAUAAUUCUCACUUUUUUUGUACUAAUCAUGGAAUUACUGUGGCAUAGAAUACAAAAAUCGAAAAUGAAAGAUAUUACGGAAGAUAUGGAGGCAAUUGACAACGACAGUGAAAUCCUUACUACUUGAAAAAUUAUUGCCUAUAUUUUCUCUUGAAUUCAUUAUUAUUUGGUAAUUAGUGCUUUAACUCUAUAGCAAUAUAAAUAAUUAUAUUAUAAAAAAGAAAUAUAAAAUAAUAUAAAUACAAAAUUAA